AUGCUGAAAGUGCCCCGCCGUGAGAUCAUGGCCGGAGAAAGAUCCUUUGAUAUCAACAUCCCUCUGGAUAUAACAGAGGAGAUACUCAAGAAACUUCCAGCAAAAUCUAUCGCGAGGUUUCGAUGCGUAUCUAAGGGAUGGGAAAGUAUGAUUAUCGUAGACUCGAUCGUGACUCGGUCUCUGACUCAACCACCGCGUGAUCCACACUUCCUCUUCGUUGAAGAUAGUUUAAUAAAACCUGUCGAGAGGUACAUGUUUCAUAUGGACAUGUCCUAUAAGAAGACAUAUGUGAGGUUAUCCGCCUUUUAUGCUUACCCUCAUCAAAUCAAAAACAAAGAACAACAGAUCAUAUACCACGGAGACAUAUUUGGAGAUUGCACAAGCUCUGAAAGAAAUUUUGCAUACGUACGUGGCUUGAUCGGGUGGUGCUCACCACCUUACGGUAAGUUCAAAAUACACAACCCUACCACGAACCAAUCUGUUUCCUUACCUAGUACGGAAUAUGGUUCCUUGCGCAAGACGCAACCUGUUUUCUACUUAUUUGGGUAUGAUCCUUGGGGGGAUGAGUACAAAGUCGUGUGCCUAACAAAACAUAAGACGUUUUGUCAAGUUUUCACACUGGGUAAUCAGAAGAAGCUUUGGACGACUAUACUAUGCGGUAUCGAACUUCACUUUCCAUUCGGAGAUCCGGUUUGCAUCAACGGGGUAGUCUAUUACAAAGCAAAUUUAGAGAAACAGGGUUUUGUUUUGGUGAGUUUCGAUGUUAGGUCCGAGAAGUUUUAUCUUGUUCAGGCUCCAGAAAAAGAACAAGUAGAUCAGCUUCCAGAUUUUACUCUUGUAAACUACCAGGGGAAGUUGGGAUGUAUAUCUCGUAACAAACUCAACGGAAAUGAUGUGGAUAUGUGGGUUAUGGAGAAUGAUGAGAAACAAGAGUGGUCAAAGGUAACAUUUGUGGCCAUGCUUCAAGAUUUACCAAAACAUAUCACAUUUGAGGGUGUCACUCAUCCUGGUGGGGAAAUCAUUUUACUCCAUCAAAUUGAUCGUAAGAAGUUGACUCUGGAUGUUUAUUAUUAUGAUCCAAAACAGAAUAGUCGUAGAAGAGUUGAAAUCCAAACUACUAUAACUUCGUCAGAAAGAAUAAGUCUUACUGGAUUUUUUAUAGUCUCGACUGUCACCGAUCAUGUUGAGAAUAUUAUGCGUUUGUAG